AUGCUCGAUCCACUUUACAUCUUGAAGAUUUUUUUGAAAGAAAUGGUGGAGGUUAGAAUGAAAGAUGGAGAGGUUCAUUCAGGCAUACUACAAGGAUUUGAUGAGCAUAUAAGCAUUGUUGUUUCUUUGACAUCAGUUAAUAAUCGUGAAGAGCCUAUUUUGCUUUUGAGAGGAGAAGAUAUCCUUUCUAUAGGGAAAUGCACUUCAGAAGUGAGUGGAGUUGUGCCAGAAAUGGAAUGCUAUUAG